AUGAACAAGGAGGCUUUUGAAAGGCUUCCUCAGGAAAAGAAAAAGAUUAUAGAAACGGCCUAUUUCAGUGCUGUUCGGAAGGAGAUAUCUGCAUCGCAGUUUUUCGGUGUCUGUAAGGAGGCGCUGACGAAGGAGCAGUUUGAGAGUCUGUUUUCAAAUAAUACGCCGAACAGAGAACAGCAGGAAGAAAUGAAGACCGAGCAUCUUCAAGAUAUCAUCCAGUACUCUGGAGUGGACCUGAAGGAAGAAGCCGAGCACAUUGUUCGGGAGACGGAAACAAAUAUCAACUUCGGAGAAUACGACGAAGAAGACACAAAUGAGCAGAUAGGGAGCCUGCUGAAUGUACCUCUGUUUAGAGAGUUUGUGGCUAGAAUUGGUAAUUCAAGAAGAGUCGGAAUCAGUGAGGAGUCAUUUUUCCUUCUGUUCCAAGUUGUUAGAAGGAAGAUACUGGACAUUGUAGAGAAGAUGGAAGAGUCUAGUAAAUGGAGAGUUGAGUACAAUCUGUCUGAGUUUAUAAUAAGGAUAAACAAUGACCUCAGCAGGCAACUAUGGUGUCUUGAGCAGAUAGAAAAGGCUGAGCUUGAAAAGUUUACUAUUAGGAGAGGAGAGGAAGAAGGGAAAAAGAAGGUGAAGAAGACUAUUCAAGAGAGAGAGGACCUCGUCAUUAAGAAAAGGCUAAGCAACACGGUUGCCCUAGCGGCCCUUGGAGUGCAACAAAAGUCAUGGAUGAAUGCGGAAGAUGUUCGAGUUAACGAGGAAAGCACUGCAUUCAAUUCUAUCUAUUCCCCAUUUGACGAGAAGGCUCUAGAAAGGAAGGUAGCAAACAGAACAAUAACGAUGAAGGAUCUUCUUUAUGUAUUGGAGAGAGAUAGGAGAUAUAACAAGUCCAUCUUCACCAUCCAGCAUUAUUUUAGAUGA